CUCAAUCAUUCAUGAAAGUAUUCACAAUGUGCAUAAUUGCAUCAAUUACAUUCGAUUUAGUUCUAUGUCAAUAUUUAUUUUUUUCAUGCGCGUAAUUGGAAAAAUAAAAUACGCAUUUUUAAUUGCGUCACGGCUGAACGCAAAAAUUGUAUAUAUAUAAAGGACUAAACUUCAUGCAAAUAAUCAAAUUAAUCUUCGUUGUCGCAUCGAUUGUUUUAUUGGCAAUCACUGGAGGAGGGGCGGUGGACUUUACAGUCGAACAAGUAAAUGAAGCAAUGAGCAAACAUGGAUACACGCCGAAUUGGGAUUAUCUUAAUGCCGUUGUACCCAAAGUAAAUGGAGCAUUCCAGGAUCCAAAUGAAGCGGCCGAGUUUAUAGCUCAGUGCGGCCACGAGUCUGGUGGGUAUCAGUAUAUUGAGGAAAUACAAUGCUCGCAACAAAACAGUUGUGAAGGGAUGUAUGGUACUGGAGCAGAGGGGAAAAAUUAUCACGGCCGUGGAUUUAUACAGCUAUCCUGGCCAGACAACUACAGAGCUGCAUCCCAGGCAUUGGGCAGGGGAGAUGAUUUUUACUACUAUCCGGAAAUAGUGGCCCAAGAUCCGAAUGUCGGUGCUGAUGUGUCAAUAUGGUAUUGGCAAACAAGAGUGGCUAAUUAUCCCGGGGUGAAAGAAAAGCAUUUCGGUGCUACAACGAGGGCGAUUAAUUCACCAGUUGAGUGCACUGGCAACAACGUUGAACAGAGCCGAAAUAGAUGGGAUUUAUACCAGAUUGUGUGUGAUACACUGGGUGUCAAUGAUCGAUCAGAUGAGAGUGGCUGCUAUAAUUAACAGCCAGUUAAUAUGAAGAGUGUUUUUUUUUACAACGGUUCAUUUUUGCUUAGCUUAUAUCCGCAUUAUACAUCUAGCUGUUUUGUAUACAAUGCAGUGUAUAAGCUCGUUUCAGUGGUCGAACUAUUAUAUAUUCUUGCA